AUGACGAACGGAUAUACGGAGCUCCUGCAUGGUGGCUGCCUCUUGACAGCCGUCACGCCAAGCACUGCGAAGCAACAUACACAUGGCUCUCCUCUUUGUGACUUUCUCUCUGUAACAUCGAUCCUGCCUCUUCAAGCGAACAUUCCAAGGUGCCACGAACUGACGAAGAUAAUAAUCAUGGCCCACUCAUCAUCAAUAUGCAAUACAUGUUCCUUCCCCCACGCAUCUCCUUCUGCCAGCCGCUGGUUGAGCACUCUAAAUUGUCAACAGCUCAAGUGCUCCACCACGUACGAUAGAGGUACCGAUGUUUGGGACGCUGACGACAGCAGCAACCGCUCCUGUAUCCUGGAAGUCCCGCUCUGGUCUCAAGAAAAUAUGGGUCGUGUCGAGCUCGAGGCAAUCGCGAUCGCAUGGUAUCAGAGCAGACAAGCAUUCAAUCCUCUAUCAUCACUCCACGCUUUAUCGCAGUCUCAGCUUGGAGCUACCCCAGCUUCUGCAAUGCCAGCAAUUGCAGACUUGACGAAUGAGGCCGAAACAUCAGGAAUGCUAUGCGCGACAUGCAGCAAGCUGGCCGACUACGGUCCGAUCAUCGCUUGUUGCGAAGCCGAAUUUAGUGCUGGCAAUGCUUCAGGCCAACCACUGACCUCUCCAGUACACCCUGGUUGGCAUACGCCGCAUACCUCCCGGAAUGACUUGCCUCUAUGCACACUUCGGCCCUGUUCUUUCCGAUAUGAUAUACCAGGGCUCCGAAGCGUUCCGGUGUCGGGGAAUCAUUCAGAGACUGUCCCGAGACAAUUCAUUCACCGCUCUCUCGAGAUGUCGUUCUCGACGAUGCUGACCAGGAAAGAACGUGAUGCACCCCAAGGUUUCUUGCGCUGUGUUCAUUCGGCCAUCAGCCGAGCCGAUGACUAUCUUUCCGACGAUUCACCUCUGAAAUGCGAUCGAAGCUGCCCUUACAGCCCAGGGGAUCAAAUCCAAUCUCAUGAACAUCCUCCGAACUCAGGCGUUGCGUCAUGCUGCAUAGCCACGACUACGAGCGCAAGCCGUUGGAGCAUUGACAAUGAACAAUUCCGGCUGAGUACAGCUGACCUCUCAUACUGGCAAUUGCAUGGCCUAGUAUGGAUGACAAAGCAGACCACCUUGACACCAAAGCGCAAGGGCUCAUAA